AUGGCGCUGGCGAUGUCUCGGCGCCUGGGCUCCUCCGCUGCUGCACGCUCCCUGUCGGCAGCGCUGCUGAACAGCUGCAGCGCCGAUGCGCCCAGCAAUAGCGGGGCUGCCAGCUGCAGCGGCGCCCUGGCAGACGAGUGGCCAGCGGCGGGAGCGGCGGCGGGAGGUCGUCGCCGCUGCACAGGCGCACCAGCCCCAAGCUGGCAGCUUCAAUCUUUUGUCAGUGUGCCUGGGGUAGAGCAGACCCCCGACAGCCAGGAGGCAGCGGAGCAUAGCCUGCCACAUUUCCGCAGCCAAUGGCGGCCUGUCGUAUCGCACGGUGGCAACAACAGCAGCAGUGGCAGCAGCAGUGGCAGCGAUGGCAGCAUCGAGCCCGAGAUGGUGAAGCGGAGGGGCAAGAUGGUGCCUGUGGAUCCCGGCCUGGCAGCCAAGCUGGAGCCGCUGGCUGCGCAGUGCGCCGUCGCCGACAUGGCGGCGCUGGCUCGGGCGGUGGCUGCUCUGCAUGCUCCACGGCAACAGGGUGUGAUCGACCACGGUCUAGCUGUAGCAGCAUACUUGCGCAGUCUGGGGAUCGAGCUGCAGCAAAUGGCGCAGCUGCUGCAGCGCUGUCCUGAGCUGUUCAGUCGGCCACCCGAGAAGCGGCCACUACUGCUGUUUGGCCAGCUGACGGGGCAGCUGGGCAUGACGGCGGCAGCAGCAGCGCGCUGUUUUGAAACGCAGCAGGCAGCAGCCGGUUCACCCAGCUUUGAGCCGGCCAUAGUGGUGCUGGCAGCGCUGCUGGCUGCCGGUAGCACGGCGGGCAAGCCUGCCAGUGGCGAGCAGCUGCUUGGGGAGCACCUAGCGGAGCUGGAGGCAGCGCUGCAGCAGGAGCUGGGCGGCGACCGCCAGCUGUGGCUCAAGGUUCUGCGGCGGCAGCCUCGCGGGGCUAACUGCAGUGUGGACACCUUCCGCGAGCGAGAGUUUGGCAGGGAUGCGGCGUGCGAGAUGCGGUAUGCGCCAGGGCAGCUCACUGCCGCCCAGGUGAUUGACAGCUGGGCCAGCUAUGUGGCAGGCAUGUCAGCACAGAAACUUACGGCCCGCCUGCUGUUCCUGGAGCAGCUGGGAUUGCUGCCGCGCCUGGUGCCAACCAAGGGCCCUGCCAGGCGGGAGUGGCGGCGCCAGCGGGGACUGCCAGCUAACAGCCGAGCAGCUGGGGAGCCUGCUUUCAUCAGCGUUAGAGAUCUAUCAGUAGCCACACCCGCGGACUUUGCUGGCGUGGUGGCUGCGGCAGCCACGCAACAGCCCUGCGAGCCAGUCAGCAGCAGCAGCAUUGCCGCCUUCCAGGCAGGUUUGCCGCAGCUGGCAACGUGGCAGCAGCUCUGGGCACAGGCAGAGGAGAUGAGCCAGGAGCUGAGGGGGCAGCUUCCGCAGCAGCUAUUGCCAGCCGCUGAGGCGCCUGUUGCCAGCCUCUGA